AUGAGGUUCGGAAAGACGCUGCGGCAUGCAGUGUACCCGCCCUGGAAGGGCAAGUACAUUGACUACUCCAAGCUGAAGUCGCUCCUGCGCGAGAAUGAUGUCACCGGUGAGGACGCCAGUGACUCGGACGAUGGCCAAUGGACCGAGCAAGACGAAGAGGCCUUUGUGCAGGAACUUCUCAACGUCCAGCUUGACAAGGUCAAUGCCUUCCAAUCAGAGACCUCGCAGCAGCUCCGGGAGCGUACCACGGCGUGCGAGGCCAAGCUCCGGCCGUUGGCACCGACCGCGGACCAGGAAACUUCGGAUCUUGAGGACCAAGAGAAGCGCACAAUUGCCUCGGAAGUCCUGCAAGAGCUUGACAACAUCACCAAAGAAGUCAGUGAGCUCGAAAAGUACAGCCGUAUCAACUUCACGGGCUUCCUCAAGGCUGCCAAGAAGCACGACCGCAAGCGUGGUGCCCGUUAUCGCGUCAAGCCCCUGCUGCAGGUGCGCCUGUCUCAAACACCCUUCAACUCCGAGGACUACUCCCCGCUGGUUCACCGUCUGUCGGUGAUGUACUCGUUCGUGCGCGAGACCCUGAGCCAGGACAUCGUGCAACCAAAGGAGCCGGAACGUGGGUUCGGACGUGAUUUGUAUUCGUCCUACAAGUUCUGGGUGCACGUCGACAACGUCCUCGAGGUUAAGACCUUUAUCCUUCGCCGUCUGCCCGUGCUGAUCUAUAACCCCGGAAGCUCAAAACAUUUGGACGGUCUGUCCGACGAUCCAACCAUCACCUCCCUCUACUUCGACAACCCCCAAUUUGACCUCUAUAACCAAAAGGUCGCUCGUGCCUCUGAAGCCGGCUCUUUGAGGCUGCGGUGGACUGGACAGCUCAAGGACAAGCCGCCUAUUUUCUUGGAGAAAAAGAUCGUGGCCGAGGACGAUAGCAGCCGUGAAAUCAGAGUCCAGCUCAAGGAGAAGCACAUCAAGGAGUUCCUGGAUGAUGAAUACCAUCUGGACAAGCAAGUCCACCGGAUGGAAGAUUUGAAUGACGGCGAGGGCUCUACCGAGGCUCAAACCCUAAAGAACAACGUGGAAGAGUUGCAGUCCUUCAUCAAGGAGCACAACCUGCAGCCUAUGCUGCGAGCCAACUACACCCGCACUGCAUUCCAAAUCCCCGGCGACAAUCGCAUUCGAAUCUCGCUUGACACUAAUCUCGCCUUGAUUCGCGAGGAUUCCCUCGAUAGCGAGCGUCCUUGCCGUGAGCCUUCCGAAUGGCAUCGCACUGAUCUUGACGAUGCCUGCAUGUCCUACCCCUUCGAUGCUAUUCGCACUGGAGAGAUUGUUCGCUUCCCCCACGCUUUGCUGGAGAUCAAGCUGCGCGGAAAGGCCCACGAUGCUGAGUGGGUCAAUGACUUGAUGUCCUCUCACUUGGUCAAGGAUGCACCCCGCUUCUCCAAGUUUGUCCAUGGUACGGCCCAGCUCUUCGAGGACCACGUUAACAGCUUCCCCUUCUGGCUGAGUGAGCUGGAAAACGAUAUCCGUCGUGACCCGGAGACUGCGUUCCACGAGGAACAAGAACGUCUGGCUAAGCGUGCCGAGGACGAAAUGGCCGUUGGCAGUUUAAUCGGCGGCGCAGGCAGCCCCAGUGGCCCACUGUCUGCAUCUCCCUUCAGCCGGUGGGGUGAGUCGGGCAGCCGCUCUGCGAUGCGUCGUGCCUCUGGCAUCAGCGAAACCAAAAUUCAAACUCAACGCCGGAUUUCUGUCGUUGCGCCUCGCCCGCGUCGUGAGCCCGAGCCUGUUGCUGAGCCCGUAGAGGAAGCUCAGGAAGCUCAGGAACCUCCGUCUCGCUUUGCCGCAGUUCUUCAGUCGAUGGGUAUCAACCCAAAGAACUGGACUGGUCGGGAGGUCGUCUCCCUCCCCCCGGACUCGGGUCCCGUUCGCGUGGAAAGCAAGGUUUGGCUCGCCAACCAGCGUACAUUCAUCAAGUGGCUGCACAUAAGCAUCCUCCUGUCUAGUUUGUCCCUGGGUCUGUACAAUUCUGCUGGCAAGCACAACCGGAUCGCUCAUGCUCUGGCUAUUGUCUACACCUUCUUUGCUCUGUUCUCUGCCGCUUGGGGCUGGUACAUGUACGAGAAGCGCUCUCGGCUUAUUCGCCAGCGCAGCGGAAAGGACCUUGACAACAUGUUCGGUCCGAUCGUCGUUUGCAUUGGUCUGGCUAUUGCGCUAGUCCUCAACUUUGCCUUUAAGUACAAGGCCGUGUUGCAGCAGGGUUAUGACAAUGGUGUCCCGGUGCAUUCCAACUCCACCGUCAUCGGUGGCGUGCACGCUGCCUCUUUCCCAGACGGUGCCGCCCACUUGCUGAAGCAGCAGCAGGUGCUGUAA